ACAAUUCAGUAGGAGAGAAAUCUUGAAUAGAGUUCUGGGAAUUCACUUUCAUAGGAUUUAAGAAAUGGAAGAAGGGAAGGCGGAAGUAGAAUCAAAAGAAGGGAAUUCUGGAGAAGUCAAGAAGGGAGUGGCAUCCAUAGCACUCUUACCAUCUGGGUCUCUCUCAGGCCACUUCAUUCAGCUUCCUCAGUCUAUCUGCUAUGGCCUUCAUGGCACUGGUAUUUCUUGCAUUUUCUCCAUUUUAUGAAAACUCCAGGAAACUUUUAUUUUUAUUGUCAUCCAGUAUAUAGGCUUGCUAGGCUCUUUAUGUUAAAAUGAUUUUAAAUUUUUUUAAGCUUAUUAUUCUUUUACUAAGAAAUGAGUUUCCUUGAAUUAACAUGUUUCAAAUUAUAAUAAAGCUACUGCUGAAAUUAUUUUUGAAAGGUUUUAACGUUGGAGGUACAAUUUCAUGUGCACCUCCUAUUUUUUCUUGUUCCUUUUUUCUCUAUCUUGUGGUAAAGAGUUGAUUUGUGAGCGCGAGUGCAGCAGGGGUGAGGACUACCGCUUAAUCAAGCUCACUAUCACAGACUUCAAUAGUAAGAAAGAGCAAACUGUUGUAGUGGAGUGUAAAGGGCAUGAUGCAGCUCGGUUCCAUACUAUCGAUCAUGCUCAUGGUUGGGAGAAGGAUAUUGUAGGGUUGGUUGAACAAAAGCAAGAAAAGAAGAAGAUUUUGAUUUCUUUUGAGUGUGAGACACUGAAAGCUGACAAUGCAGCAGAAGACCACAUCAGACGCUUCAUGCCUAAACUAUCUGGGUUAGAUGCUGUUGUUAACAUUGGACCCAUGAGCAUCUCAGGUCUGGACUUUCAAGCAGAAGAAUCAGGGUCUGGGCAGAAAAUAUGAAGUGAUGGAUGUCUAAGGCAGCAUGUUUUGUUACAAUCUCUUUUUGUAUUUCAUUGUGCCAGUCCCUAUGGAAAUGACUUAUUCUGGCAAGGUGACUGUCCCUUUCGAAAGAGUAUUUUUGCAUCCUGUCCUCAUUCAGCUUUUUCAGCGUCUUGUGCAGCAAUUUCAACUCUUUUUAAUCUUCUUUUCUCCUUUGAAUUUUAUCAAGAUACACUAGCACAUGAUUUGGAGAUAUCAUCGCUACAAGUGCACACGCAUCUUGGAAACGCAGGUCAAAUUCACCACUUGAUUCAGAGAUUUGUCUAGUUUAUCAGCGUUAAGGACUAAAAACAAAUCAGAUAUUUCAGAAUGAAAUUGAUUGAAGAGCAACGACAAGGACAAAGAUUAAGGCUAUAAACAGAAGCUCCCUCGCUUUAUGUAUAAAUGAACAGCAGAAUAGAAAAUGGAACUGCAAUAACUUCUUCCCUCUUGAUACCGAGAACACUAAUUACUGCAAUGUACGGUCUGACCUGAAGCAUGAGCAUGAGGGUUCACAUGGGACAGCCUUCAAAACUCAAUCGUAAUUUGUUGAAAGAAGCCAUAUAAACUAUAGAAAGUGACGAUUCAACUCAAACAACAAAUUUGUAUGAACCAUUUAAGACAGCAUUGUCAGAUACAUUAUAUGACUCAUUCAUAAAUGUACAAGAUAUUACACGUUCACAGUAACAACCGUCAAACAAUGGAUAAUUGAUAAAGAAAUCGUUAGCAGAAGCUUCUAACCCUCCAAGAAAGAUUGAUACAGGAAUAAGUGAAGAACAUUGGCGAGUUGAGAUCAAGAUGGCCAAUUCCAUGUCUUAGUGAAAUAAAGACAGAUGGUACUUUCAUCUUCCACCCUGAGACCAAUCUACUGAGAAACAAACUGCCCUAGAAAUG